UUCAGAACAUGGACUUAAGACGUAAACAGUGCAGCUUUGCGAUGAAGAUGUCUGGCAGUGGUGUUCUCUCUCAGCGCCAUCACAUCGGUCUCCAGCAGCUACAGGCCAUCACAGCCAGCGCUCAGGGAUUUCUAGGUCCAAACAAACAUCUGAAGUACAUUCAAGAUGAAGACGCCGGGGAUGCAGUUUUAAUCGGAUCCUGUCCACGUCUGCUGGAACAUCUGGAGCUGGACGGAUCUGUCGGACAGCUACUGCAUGAGACAGUUCAGGCCCAGCAGAAGCUCUUCCACGCAGGCACGAGCACGCUAAUGUUCCUGGCUGGAGCCUGGAGCCGAGUCGCUCUGGAGGGUCUGAGCAGAGGAAUCAGUGUGUCCGACGUCAAAACGGCCAUGAGGAGAGCACUACAGGAGUGUUUGGAUGCAUGCACACAGUCGGCAGUCAGUGUGGAGGAGUUUAGGAAAUCAGAUGUUAUAUAUGAUGAUCGGAAAAUUACACUUAAACACGGCAGACACUUUAAUGCACAAACUGAACACACACAAUCAGAUGUCAAUGUGCAAGAGUGUAGGAAAUUAGAUAUUAAAUCUGAUGAUCAAUACAGGGAUAUGACACUCAAACACAGCAGAUACGUUAAUGCACAAACUGAACACACACAAUUAGAUGCCAAUGUGCAAGAGUGUAGGAAAUUAGAUAUUAAAUCUGAUGAUCAAUACAGGGAUAUGACACUUAAAUACAGCAGAUACGUUAAUACACAAACCGGACACACACAAUCAGAUGUCAAUGUGCAACAGUGUAGGAAAUUAGAUAUUAAAUCUGACGAUCAAUACAUGGAUAUGACACUCAAACAUAGCAGAUACGUUAAUACACAAACCGGACACACACAAUCAGAUGUCAAUGUGGAAGAGUUUAAGAGAUCAGAUAUCACAUAUGAUGAUCAAUGCAUGGAUAUGACACCUAAAUACAGCAGAAAAUGUAAUGCACAAACUGAACACACACAAUCAGAUGUCAAUGUGCAAGAGUGUAAGAAAUUAGAUAUUAAAUCUGAUGAUCAAUGCAUGGAUAUGACACUCAAACACAGCAGACAUUUUAAUUCUCAAACUGAACACACACAAUCAGAUGUCAAAGUGCAAGAUUUUAAGAAGUUAGAUAUCAAAUCUGAUAAUCAAUGCAUGGAUAUGGCACUCAAACACAGCAGAUACGUUAAUACACAAACCGGACACACACAAUCAGAUGUCAAUGUGCAAGAGUGUAGGAAAUUAGAUAUUAAAUCUGACGAUCAGUGCAUGGAUAUGACACUCAAACACAGCAGACACUUUAACGCACAAACUGAAAACACACAAUCAGAAGUCAGUGUGGAAGAGUUUAAGAGAUCAGAUAUCACAUAUGAUGAUCGGAAAACGACACUCAAACACAGCAGACACUGUAAUGCACAUACCGAACACACACAUCAUGACGUCAAUGGCAUCGCACAUGCCAUCAGACACGGAUGCACCUCCAUGCAUUUAGUUUUAAAAGCGUACGAGUUGCAAAACAGCACACAUCUGGAUAUACAGAAUCUGGCAACGUGCUGCAUCCCCGGCAUAUCUGAAGAUCAUGUGUGUGUGCUGCGUGGAUAUGUCACACUACUAUCAGCCCAACAGAUGACCCAAGUUCAGCGCCUUCAGGGACAUCCAUUGAAUAUCGCUUUAAUAAAUGGUGAUUUAUCUGAGAAAUAUCAUCAUGUGGGCUUUAACAGACCGGGAGAUGUGGUGCACAUCACAGAUUUGUUAAUCACUGAGGAAUCCUGGAUUGAAAAUGCAUUCAAAAUCCUGCAUGAUUUUAGUAUUGAUGUUAUAUUUGUGACUGGUAUGGUUGAUGUUGAUCUGAAACAGAGAUGCACAGACAUUCUGAUGCUUGAAGGUGUUAAAUGCAGCGUUUUCAAGCAUUUCAGCACAUGCACCGGAGCCGUCCCGCUGUCCUACAUCUGUCAGCUGGAUGAACGCUGCGUGGGCCGAGGGCUGAGGCUCAGAAAUGAGCUGAUAUGUGGGAAAUCUGAGUUUGUGAGCAUCACCACUGACUGCUCGGUUCUGGUCACUGCGGUUAUAUGCAGCUCUGUAUCUGCUAAACUGCAGAUGCUGGAGGAUGAGUUCUGGAGCUGCACGCACCGGCUGCAGCAUGCGCUCACAGAUGGGAAACUUCUGCAUGGUGCUGGAGUCACUGAACUCAUAUGCAUACGCCGACUUCGACAGUACACACAGCUGCACUCUGACAAAAGCCCUCAUGAAAGUGUGAUCCUGGAGCUGAUGUCUGAAGCUUGGAUGGACUUCAUCUCCACUGUAAUGCUGAACAGCGGCUCGGUGGCGAAUAAAACAGAGGCCUGGACGUCUAUCGCACAUCAGAUGAGACGACACACAGAUAUAGGAGCCACAGAUGGACUCGGUGUGUAUGAUAACGUGACGGUGAAGUGUGAAGCCUGGAGAAGAGCUCUGGAUCUGGUGUUUCUGGUGCUUCAGUCGGACACUGAGAUCAUUACUGGGGUCAGUCAGGGAGAAAACGCUUAUAAUCAGCUCAUUUUUCUUUGACAUCUGUGGUAUUAUUAAAGUUUGGGUGAGUUGGAAA